AACAAAACAAAUCGCUGUUUCGAGUUCUCUAACUAAUGAUUAACAAAUUCUGACCAGAUUUAGGAUUUCUACUGUGAUCUGUUCAGCAACGUCUUUAUUCCUAACAAAAUGUCUGUGAGGUACCUGGGAUUGUUGCUUCUGGUUCUGCUUCCAGAGCCAGAAACGGCUCAGUCUUGUUUUCCUCCGGUCCUCAGCGGGGGCUACUUUGUUCCUGAAAAGUUGGAGUAUGCUCCUAAAUCCUCACUGGCCUUUUCCUGCGAUGUGGAUCAUAAACCGCUGGCGGAGGGCUGGUGGGCAACAAGCGUGUGUCUAAAUGGAAAGUGGUCUCCUGAACCUCGGUGCAUUGCUAAAGCCUCCUGCCUUCCACCAACCAUCCCAAACGGAUACAUCCAGGGUCAGAGGAGCUGGUAUGAAAACGGUCAAAGGAUUACAGUAUCGUGUAACUCAGGAUAUCUAACCAGGCGCAGCUCCUCCGUUAUCCGUUGUACAAACGGGAAAUGGUCUCUUCUGCUUGUCUGUGAGAAGAAGAGUUCUGCUUGUGACAAACCUCCUAAGAUCCCCAAUGCAGUCAUCGUUCACCAGAAACCCCAGGAAGUGUAUCCUGAUCAUUCUAAACUGCAUUACCAGUGUGAAGAAGGACACGACACAGAUCCGCAGAACGCUGAGAAAUCCAUCACCUGCAGAGCUGGAACCUGGAUUCAAGGACCUUCAUGCACGGAAGUUUCAGACUGUAUGUUUGAUCCUGCUCAGCAUUAUGGUUCUGGCCAAUAUGACAUUAAAAAGAUCAAGGAAGGAAACACAAUACCUAUAGGGUGCAGACAAGGUUGGGAAUACUACUGGACAUUUAUUCGGUGCCAAAACAGAAGAAUACUUAUAGCUGACUGUUGCCACCAAACAGACUAUCAACGUGGUGUUUGCAGCUUUUUCCCACUUUAAUUAACAACUUCUGCCUUUGGUUCCCUCACCAUCGACGAGUGAUUAAAGACAUCUGGUGCUCUAACAGAAACAGAAACCAGAGUUGACUUUGCUUUCUUCACACUAUGUCAGAUAGUAUGGGUUAACAUGACCUUAAACAAUUAAAGUGAAAUGCUCGAACUUUA